CGCCCGCCGCCCCUUAUCGAUCAUCCGUCAACAAAUUGUCGGGAAUUGCUGCUUAUCGCCGCCACCGGCAGGCCGUGGAGGGGGCGAGUGAUCGGAAGAGUGGGCGACAGCCCUCGUGCUCGCACGGCAACUUUAGCUUCUCCGAAUUUGUCUUUGAUGCUCCCUCUCGAUUAUUCCUGCAUCUGUUCUCGUUGUCUUGUCUCACCCCCACCGCCCCUCAUCCGCUGUGGACUGUGGAAUCCGGUCGAUCUGAUUCUGGACCCUCUCUCCCCUCUUCCCCCUUGGGGUAGCCGAACAGUCAUCUGCGGAGAAAAAAAAAGAAAGAUCCCCGCCGAGGUCUACCAUACCAGGAUUCCCAGGAACGAACCCGCUUUAUCCUCCCGAAAGCAGCCGAUAAACAAAUAAAACCACCAACACACAUGUCGCGCUCCUUCACUGGGUGCAAGCGAUGUAAAGGCCGUCGGCAGAAGUGUGACGAGCAGCGACCAAGCUGUGGCCGGUGCCAGCAAGCGAACACGCCCUGUCGAUAUGCGAUGCAGCUGCAGUGGGGUGGGCGGGCUUUCUCGCGCUCACGAUUCGGAGCCUGCGUGGGUAAUGGAGGCAUGCAUAAACUGGAGUAUUCCCCCGGCGAAUUUAUCUAUACCACAAACUCAUCCUCUACGGCACUAUCUCCCGGCUCGAUAAUCGCUGGUACCCCAUCUACGACGACCGCUACGACUAGUCUAAACUACUACAUUGACCCGUUCGCUUCCCUCUCGACCGAUCAAAAGUCCCUUCUUCACCACUUUCUCAGCGAUGCCUCGCAGAUCACUGCCUGUCAUUCCGGCAUGCAACAGGACAUUUGCAAGAUGCUGGUUCCCAUGGCCCUACAGACCCCGUCCCUCCUAUACGCAACCAUGGCCCUCUCUGCCAUCCACCUACAAGCCCUCCACAACCAGUCGGAAAAUGUUAAGUCGGCUCCGGAAAUCGCGCGCUUCAUGGCACUCAGCCUGGAACAUUUUCGCAAGGAACUGGAGAACCCUGCCAGCAGAGGCUCGGAUGCCCUGCUCGCCACAGCGCGCACUCUCUGCUUAGCCGAGAUUCAUUCGGGCGCCAUUCAUCCCAAUUCGUGGCGCGCACACAUCGCGGGAGCGAAAGCCCUCAUGGAUUCUUCGAAUCAGCGCGGGAUCCUGUCACCGGGAUCGCCCGAGGGCUUCCGUCGGUAUCUAGACCGAUGGCACCGCUCGAUUGUCUCGCUGACAGCGUUGACUGGAAACGGGCCGCCGAUCGGGGUGGAAGCAACGGUCGCGGACAACACAACCGAUUUCGCAACCCCUGAUUAUCUGGAUGACUACUGGGGCUUCACUGUCAACUUGGCCGCGAUCUUCCGGGCGAUUGGCGCGGUAUCCUGGCGGGAGCAUCAGUACCUCUUACAGCAGCAACAGGAACCACGGCAGGAAGCCGCGGUAGGAGAUACCAUGGUCGACAUCGACGUCGCUCACGAGGCAGCUGCGCUGGAGGGCGCUCUCCGUCGACUAAUGGCGGCCGAAGAGGUCGGAACCCAACCGACCUUCUACCCGGGUGUCACGGAGGGGCUGUCGCCGGACUGUAUCCGGCAGCUGAUGCUCUGCAAUGAGGCCUUCCAGCGCAGUGCGCUCAUUCAGAUCCACCGCCGCUUGUACAAGACGCCCGCGUCGGCACCGGUGGUGCAGGACUCAGUCAAGCGGAUCCUGGAAUGUACGGCGCAGAUCGGGCCGUCGCCGGGUCUGAGUCCAUGGGUGAUGCUCACAACACCGCUGUUCAUUGCGGGAUGCGAGGCGCGCGGGGCGGAUCGCCAGCAGGUCCGCCAGCUACUGGCAUCACUGCAUGAUACUAUCCGGGUGCCAAAUGUUUUGCAGUCGUUGAGAUUGUUGGAGCAGUAUUGGAGUAACCAGCUGGAUGAGAAUGAGGGGUGGUCUCAGUUCUUGGAUCGUAUGAGGAUAGAUUUCAUCCCAUAUUAAAGGAAUGACGAAGCGGCCCUUCAUUCGAGUGGAGAUCGGCUCCACCCGUGAGCUUUUAUGUGGUAUGAUUGAUGUAAAUAUUAGGGAUAGACAAUGUCUCCUGGAACUGGAGGACGUUGAGGUAUCCUGCUUUGUGCUAUUUCAGCGACGAGUUGAUGGCGUUAUUUCAUUCUGCUUCUGUUCUGGCGUCACAUUAUGCAUUUACUUAGUGUAUAGCGAGGUCUGAUGUUGUUCCACACAAAGACGGGGAUGAUAAU